AUGUGUAAUUGUGGUAGACGAGAUUUACAGAAAUUGCGUCAAGCAACUUUGCAAUCAUUAUUACCAAUUCAAAUAUUAAAACAAUUAUUACCACCAACUCCUCAUGAUUUGACAACAGAUGUUCACAAACAAAACUGGCUUGAAAAUUUUGUUCAAAAAUUAGAGAAGUCUCGAUUAUACAAUAUUUUCGUUGAAUGGUCUGAAAAGUCGAAUCAAAAAAGUUAUAGUUUUAAAUUUUGGAAGUUUAUUUUGUUUGAACUUUUAGAACCAGUCAUCAAAUUAUACAUUUCGAUUCGAAUGACAAAUUUUAAAGGACGGAACGCAGCUAUUUCACUAAUGGUACCUAUGUUCUUUGCUCAAAAACGUCACAAUUAUGCUCCACUUGGUACGCGUCAUCUGGCCGACCUCCAAAAAGCUUCAGAAGAAUUAUUCAAAUUUUUGUCUUUAUCGUUUUCUGUCCAAAGAACACCACGUCUGUUUUCAUCAGUGGCAGUCGAUCAAGCCAUAGAAUAUACUAUUAACAAAUAUGGGAAAGGAGGAGGAGGAAUAAAUGGACAUUUUGGGGAAAAAACAACUGAACGUUGGACACAAUCAUUUUCAUUUCCAUCUCUUCUUUGUUCAAUAACUCAUGAUUUAGCCGGAUUAGAAACUGAAAGAAAUACAAUCGAUAGUCAUCUGGAAAUUAGUCUGAACCGGCUAAAAGUAGAUUAUGACGAUAUUCAAAUUAUUUUAUCAAAAUUAAAACUUGAAAAUCUAUUUGUUAUUGAUGCCCAAAAUCGAAAUAUGCGUGUUUUAUUCACAGGUGAAAGUCUGCCAGUACGGUUACCUAGCAGAUAUGAUUAUGACCAAUUUAUCAAUCGAGCUGCUACAGCAAUAUUAAUUCGAAAUUGUUGGUUAAGAAUGGUACAACAGAUACCUAAGAAUAAAAUUUUCAUAGUUGCUGGUCCAGAUACAAAGACCUUUCAACUAACAAAUAAUAACGUGAUGGAAUCAACCGACUUGGCUUGUAAUCAUUUUGAAGCAGAUACUCGAAUGUUUGUUCAUGUUAAUCAUAUAUCGUAUAACAGUAAAUAUGCUCAAAUUGUGUUGAAAGCCACGGAUAUAGAUAUCGUAGUUUUAGCCGUUGGCUAUGCGAAUCAGUUUCAAACUGAAUUACUUGUUAAUUCUUCUUUCUCACCAACGAAUCAAAAGUUUAUUAAUUGUUCAAAACUAUGA